UAGAUUAAUGCAUAAGCACAUACCUACCUACACAUGUGUACACUAAUGACGAACCUUUCUUAAUUAGCCGGAGGAGAUUUAUAUCUAAACAAAUCGAAAUGCCAGCAUCGCCCAUGUAUAAUUGGCUUCCAACCAGACACUUUGCAGUAUAAAGAUCAUCCGCAAGAACUCGAGAAGCAAGCCAGAGCCCACAGCAAUCCUCUGUUCCUCAAUCGUCGUCUCCUCUCCUCCCAUCUUGGUUAUUGUUUGGUUGAGAAUCCGCCAAUGGCUGACGAAGUCCACCAACUCACCAGGGCCUUCUCAGGGCUGGGAGGCCUGGGCGUGGACGAGCCAACAAUGGUGUCGGCGCUGGCGCGGUGGCGCCAGCAGCCGGAGAAGCGGUCGGGUUUCCGGAAGAGCUUCCCGGGCUUCUUCAAGAGCCACGGCGACAUCGACCGGUGCGAGGAGGGGUACAUGCUGCACCUCGCCGCCGAGUUUGCGCGGUUCAAGAACCUGAUGGUGCUGUGGGCGAUGCACCCGUGGGAGCGCGACGCGCGGCUGGCGCACCACGUGCUGCACCAGGCGCACCCGGCUGCCAUCGUCGUGGAGGUCGCCUGCACGAGGUCCGCCGAGGAGCUGCUGGGCGCGCGCCGGGCGUACCAGGCGCUCUUCCACCACUCCCUCGAGGAGGACGUCGCCUACUGCGCCAGGGACAAGCCCUACUGCAACCUGCUGGUGGGGCUCGUGAGCGCGUACCGGUACGAGGGGCCGAGGGUGAACGAUGAGGUGGCGAGGGCGGAGGCCAAGGCGCUCGGCGUGGCGGUGAGGAGCGCCGGCGGCGUCGCGGGGAAGCUGCUGGAGAACGACGAGGUGGUCAGGAUCCUCACCACCAGGAGCAAGCCCCACCUCGUGGAGACCUUCAAGUACUACAAGGAGAUGCACGGCAAGCACAUCGAGGAGGAUCUUGGCAAGGACGAGACCCUGCAAGAGACCGUGCUGUGCCUCGCCGCGCCGGCCAAGUACUUCAGCCAGGUGAUGGAGGCGGGGCUGACGGACGGGGCGGACCACCACGCGAAGGACGGCCUGACGAGGGUAGCCGUGACGCGGUCGGACGCAGACAUGGACGAGAUCAGGGCGGCCUACCAGGAGCAGUUCGGGGCCAAGCUCGAGGAGGCCGUCGCGGCCAAGGCGCACGGCCACUACAGGGACGCGCUGCUGUCGCUGAUCGGCGGCAAGUGAAGUGGGCGCUGAGCUCGACGGGGGGGUAGUAACGCAUUUGUGUGGCCGUUGUUUCCUUUCUUGCGAACGUUGGUGUGUUGUCGAGCGAACCUGUAACAUUUGCAGCAGCUGAGGCUAGCUCUGAGUUGUGACGUGUACUCGUAGUGCGUGUGGCUAGUGAAGAGGCCAAUAAGAUUCGGGACCGUACCUUUCUUCUGGUUGAGUUGUUUUUCGUUCUUCCGGGAUUUAUAUCGAGCUGUUUAUUCGAAGAAAUUGAUGAUGGUUAUUUGUGGUUUUAA